CCAUUUCUGUUGUACAUAUGGAACCUCAAGUUUUAUUCUGUUGUCGUUCACUAUCUCCACUUGGGCUUUUGGUACUGUUACCUCCAAAGCAUGCCACGUGCACAACAGUGUUCCCAUAUCACAACCCCCUACGCUUUCUAAAGCCCAGAAUUUUAUUCUCUCUGAAAGUUGUGAUCUUUGAUUACAGAGAUUCAUAAAUGGCAGACAAGCCAAGCCGAGCUCUGGUUCUGUACGGAGAUGGGUUGGCGCCUUUCGUCAAUCCAUCACACACCCGUCUCCAUUCUCUGGCUUCCAAAGCUUCCUGUGGCUUCUUGAGCCUCCCCAAUGCUCCUCCCUCAGAAAGCGAGGAUGAGAGAAUAGUUAGAGAGUUUGCAGUACUGGUGGAUGCAUAUGAAGCCUACACUAAUACAAGUGGAAGUACCACCAAAGAAGAAGGUGGGGAAAAAUCCACCAUAUCUGAAAGAUUCAUGGGGAUGAAAGCUGCUAUAGUUACAAACAAUUCAAAUUUGAAGUCUUUUGGUACCAAACUUGGUUUCAGCGUGUUGCCAAAUGAUGGUUUUAUCAAAAGCAGUGAGGCUCAAGCUGAGCUGCCAGUUGAUUCUGUGGCAUCUGAAUUGCUGAAGUUGCUUGGAUUUCAAGAAGGAAAGACACUGGAGUCGAGUCGGUAUGAUUUAGUGUUUGUGCAUGUUGGGGCUGGUGAGGUGAAUGUUAAGAAUGACAAGGCUAUUGCAGAUGAUGUGGAGUAUCCCAAUGCUUUGAUUGGUGCUAUAAUGAAUAUAGGCAAACCUGGAACUGAAAUCAGUCUCCGUUUGCACUUGUCUGUUGUAAUGAGCUAUGGGGGUACCUCGGAGAAAGAUGAUCCCGACUUGUCGUUUUCAAUCAGUAAAGAUAACUCCAAUCUUUCAAAGCUCGUUCCUCACCAAAGUUAUACCAUGAAAGGAGAGGUUCCGCGGAAGGAUGUCAGGCACCAUUCCCCAAUGUUACUGGCUCAGUGGCAAUAUGCUGUCACCCGCAAGGACAUGGCAGAGACAUUCUCUUUUAAAGAUUUCAAGGAGCUCUUCUAGCUUUGACCACACCUGUCAUGGCCAUGGCUCGACCUUUGAUGAAUAACCCAAUUGGUUCACACUCAAACUUCGCCUCCAGGUUAAAGUUGGAUGAAGAAUCAUCAAACUGCUGGGACUCAUUGUUUCAGCUCCAGGCAUGUACUGGUGAGGUUAUCUUGUUCUUCUUCAACGGUGAGACUUACUUAGGUCAUGGCUGUUGUGAAGCCAUUAAGACAAUCGAGCACCAGUGUUGGCCUGCCUUGCUUGGUUCUCUUGGGUUUACCACGCAAGAGACUGAUAUACUGAAAGGCUAUUGCGACGGAGCUGAUCAAAUUCACACUCCUCCAUCCCCACCAUCACCACCUACUGGAAGAGUUAUUCCUUUGGAGAAGUGGGUUCCUUGAAAAAUUUGCUUUUGGUGAUUUAAAAUCAUGAAUCAUCAUGGACGUGCCUCUUGAUACAUAAUAAGGCUUUGUUUGGUUCUUGCUAUGUUUUAGUGUCGAAUUGUGCUUCUUCUGUCUUUGUUGCUCACUUUUAUGAGUGUAAUACUAGUUAAGAAUGAAAUGAAAUGAUCAGUUUCUAUCGAA